CAUCCCCCCCGUUUACCUUCCUGAAGAUUCUAGUUUCUUUCACUCGGGCUGUUUUGUUUUUCCUUUUCAACUUCAUUCUUCCCCUCACCAUGAGUCUUCCCAGGGAUACCGGUUCCUUCGAUGACAAAAUGCACUCCUCCGAACGGUCCACUUCGACAGACCGGGAGAGGCUUCUUGUAGAUGAGGAAGCCACGCACUGGUCGCAGAAUCACGCUUCGUCCAAGUCAUUUCUAGGAGGGUGGUUACGAGUGCUGUUUGUAAUCGCAGUAGCAGUUCUGUCGUGUUUGAUUGGGGUUUUCCUUGGACACAACCAGAGAGACUUGGAUAAGUCGUGCACGCGGCGGACCACUCAAUACUCACCGGUCAUCGGACAAGUCGGGUUGAAGUACCACCAACAACUCUUCAACGGCUCCCUCCUGAAGCAAAACAUCUUCCGCGAGGAUGCCAGCCCUGAAGUCGACGCUGCCUGGGAAUCCCUCGGUGCCAACUACCGUGCAAUCAGAGUGCCUGUCGAAGACGCCGAGAAAUCCGGCUUGGCAGCCGACCAAGUGAAGAUCCGGGAGAAGUAUGGCGGUGGUUAUCCCGCCAACGUGGAGGGCUUCCACCACUUGCACUGUCUGAAUCUCCUCCGUCAAUCCCUGUACUACAACUACGACUACUACCACAAGCUUGGCAAGGGUGCCUUCACCAACGACGAUUUCAUUGUCCGACACCACGUCUCGCACUGCCUCGAUGUCCUCCGCCAGCAGCUCAUGUGCAGCCUCGACGUCGGAGUCCUGGGCCAAGUCUGGGUGCAUCCCGAACACCCCGAGCCGUUCGUGGACUUCAACACGGAGCACAAGUGCCGCAACUUCGACGAGAUCCGGGAAUGGGCGGAGAAGCAUCAGCUGCCAGAGUCGGUGCCGUCCGAUUUCUUGGAGCCGCCCAAGUUGACCGACCGGGUGUAUAAAGAGAUUCCAUGAGAGAUGUCUAGAAUGUAUAUAUGAAUGUAAUAUAGCCUCAGCGAU